AUGGCGACUACCGUAACACACACGAAGCUACAACUCCGAACUGCCUACGGACCAGUCUUCCGUGACGUCCUCAUCAAUCCUCCUCGUCUGGCCACCGCAGAAGAGAUUCCAGUCAUCGACUUCGCCGAUUUGUAUGGCGAUACUGAAGCCAGAUCGAGAUUCAGCCAAAAAAUCAAGCAUGCAGCGACUACCUAUGGUUUCUUCUAUGCAAAGAAUCAUGGUAUCGAUGAAACUGUGAUUGAGAAGGCGAGGAAGCAGGCCUUGAUAUUCUUCAAGCAGCCAGCAGAGGAGAAACUCAAAAUCUCGACUGCCAAAUCAAAGUUCUUCAAUGGAUACUCUGCACCCAAAACGACCCAAGUCAGCGAAGGAGAGUCACUCGAUCGCAAAGAAAGCUUUGCAUGGCGAUACGAUGCUCAGUAUGAUCCCGAUCCGAAAGACCCCUCUGCCAUCCCAGCUGAAGUUGCGGCACACCUACGCGGCGAGGAAUUUGUCUGGGAAGGAACCUCAAACCUGCCUAACUUCAAGACGGAUAUUCUUACCUACUGGCAAUCUGGUGUCAAACUUGCGCGUCGUCUGAUACAAAGUUUCGCCCUUGCUCUGGACUUGCCAGAAAACCACUUCGACAAGCUGACUACGUACCCGGGUUCCGACGGUGUGCUGAACUUUUACGAGGCCAACACGCCUGCCGAGAUUGCUGCCAUGAACAGCUCUAGCAAGAGCGGGGAUGUUGGCCUCGGUAGCCACACAGAUCUGCAGUGCUUCACGCUACUGUGGCAAGACGAGGUCGGCGGGCUGCAAAUCCUGACACCUGAAGGUCAAUGGAUCAUGGCGAAACCUAUUCCCGGCACGCUGGUGGUCAACAUCGGCGACUACCUGAUGAGGUUGACAAAUGACAAAUUUAAGAGCACUGUGCAUCGCGUCUUCAACUGCAGCACUUUCGAUCGCAUCAGCAUGCCCUUCUUCUUUGGCUUCAACUUCAACGAGAAAUGUGGCGUGUUGCCCACCUGUAUAGACGAGAGCAAUCCGCCAAAGUACGAGCCUAUCUCAUGCGCCGAGUGGACACAAUUGCGCUUCAAGCAGACUCAGCUUACAAAAACGCUUGCUACAUAA